CUGGGCCUACAUAAAUUUUACUUGCAAGCAAGUUUCUGUCAAAUAUCGUCUUUAGACUAUCUAAGAGGAGAACAAUAAUCUGUAUAAAAAAAAUAUAAUUUUGUUGAGUUAACAGGUAGUUGUUAUAAUGAAGUAUGUCCUAACACGAACAACAAUAUUAUUGUGUAACUACGGUAACUGAUCCACACAUGUAUUGAUUGAUCAUCAGAUAAUUAUUGCAGUUGCCAGCUUUCUUAAGGAGACUUUUUUAAAAAUAUUUUUAGUAAAAUAUUGAAAUAAAAUGUCGCGACAUUAUGAAGUUACAAGUGCGUACUUUCGAGAAAUAAACGAUGAAUCAAACGCGUUUCCUGAUAUAGAAUUUCGGUGUGUCGAGACCAGUUUCACUUCCAGCUCUACAAGCUCUUACAUAGAAGAAAGUUCAUCGAAUCUUACGAUGGUCACGCCUCGUUCAUUGUCCGAAUCAAGUUUGGUGUUGGAAAAUUUGGAAUUGUCUGAUGAAAAUGACAAAUGUACCAGCCAUUUCAAGCCAAGCUAUAAAUUGUUCCAAGAUCUCUUCAACGAUUUAAACAUCAAUGGAAAACAAAGGCCUCAAACGAAUAAAUCUGCCAAGAGGGCAAACAUGAGUUUUACUAAUGAACAGGCAAGGAGAAUAAAGCGUGAAAAUGAAAUCCUUUUAAAGAAAAUCAUGUCAAGCUCUAAAUCAACUCAGUGUAAAGCACAGAAUCGGACAAAGCAUUUAAUAUGCAGCGCAGAAGUGAACAGAAAACGACACCAAGAAAGAAUCACUCGUGAAAAUUUGAUUCUACUUAGAAAGAUUCAAGAAGCCAAACCUUUCCAGUCAAUGAAAAAGACACCAAAGACAUCCUUUUGACAUUAACAAAGAACAUAUAUAUAUAUGUAUACUGUGAGAUUUCUUUUUGAGAUUUGAGGAGUGAAGAACCUGAAGCUUAGUCGUUUCUUGUCAGACCAAAACAGCAAGAAUAGCAGAACAAAAUGAUUAGAAAUGACCAACUUACAGACUCAUGUGUAUACUAAAAGA